AUGCCUAGUCUCGAAAAUGAAGAUAGUACGAAACCAUCCACGGUGUUUAAACGGCAGAGGGGACUUACUUAUGAGGACUAUACGAUUGGAUGGGUAUGUGCCCUAGCCGAAGAGUUGACUGCAGCAAUGGCUAUACUGGAUGAUAUACACCCAGAUCUCCCCAGUCGCGGAAAUGACCAAAACAUAUACACGCUCGGGUCAAUCGGAGGUCACAACAUUGUGAUAGCUUGUCUACCCAUGGGCAAAUAUGGCACAACACCAGCCGCAGUGGUUGGAACCCAAAUGCUUGAGCAAUUUCCGUCCGUUCGAUUUGGCUUAAUGGUUGGAAUUGGCGGUGGCAUUUUCGAGAAAGGUGUCCGACUUGGUGAUGUGGUGGUCGGCACACCUGGGAACGGACACCCUGGGGUUGUUCAAAGCGACUUGGGCAAGGCAGAGAGCACUGGGUUUUUCCCAACUAGUGCCCUCAACAACCCACCUAAUACCUUGCUAGCUGCAGUAAACAAGUUGAUUGCUCGCCGUCCGUUCAAUGGCCCCAUGAUGGAGCAAUACAUCGAAGAGGCAAAAGCUAAAUGGUGCCAUUUAUCGAAGCGUUUCACCCGCCCUUCAGAAGGAGAAGGCUCUGCAUCCCUAGAGAGUAUAGAGAGGGCUCCUGGACUAUCAGAGAAGAGGCAGGUAAAUGAAAGUGUAAAGAUCCACUACGGCCUUAUCGCCUCAGGGAAUCAAGUGAUCAAAGAUGAGGUUCGGCGCGAUGAGCUGAACAGGACAUUUCAUGGGAGGAUACUAUGCGUUGAAAUGGAAGCAGCAGGCCUGUUGUAUAAUUUUCCAUGCAUUGUGGUACGAGGAAUCUGUGAUUAUGCUGACUCGACCAAAAAUGAUGACUGGCAUGACUAUGCGGCAAUCAUGGCUGCUGCUUAUGCCAAAGAGCUUCUGCAGUAUGUUCUGCCAGUGGAGGUGAAAUCAUCCCACCGUAUAAAGGACAUACUCGAUCAGACGUUAGAUACUAUGUCAGCUACACAAAAGAAUGUUUCACAGAUACACUCUGGUCUAAGAAAACAAGAGGAGAAGAGAAUCCUUGACUGGCUUACGGAUGUUGAAUAUGGCCCACAGCACUAUGGCAACCUUCAAGCACACCAACCUGAGACUGGCCAAUGGUUUCUAGCAUCACAAGAGUAUCAAAAAUGGUUGAAUAGCAGCGGACAAAUUCUAUUCUGUCCGGGAAUGCCAGGGGCAGGGAAGACUGUUCUCAGCGCAGUCGUCAUUCGUGACCUGCACACACGAUACGCUACAAGACCGCAAUAUGGAAUUGCGUAUAUGUAUCUGUCCUACCAACAACAAGACAGAAUCGCUGGGGAUGCGCCAGCGUUGAGCUUGCUAAAGCAGCUUUUAGGCCAAUCCGAAUCCACAAGUGAGUUGGAAACGCUGCAUUUCGAUCAUCAGAGACGGGAUACAAGGCCAUCGUCUGCUGAAAUUAGAACUCUCUUAUGGUCAACGAUCGCCCAAUUUUCGCAGACCUUUAUUGUCAUCGAUGCUGUGGAUGAAUGUAGUAGCUUCGAGGACCGAUCAGAACUUCUUGCACUUCUUUUCCAGCUUCGAGCAGAACAGCAAGCAAACAUAUUUGUCACAUCUAGGUUCAUUGAGAGCAUCACCCGUGAGUUCAACGAUUGUAUUACUCUGGAAAUCCGUGCCAUGGAAGACGAUGUGUUGCGAUAUCUAGACGCUAAUAUUAAACUUGCUGACUCGAUACUACUGCGAAGUAAUCUGAGGCUGCAAGAGAAAGUCAAAGAUGGAAUCAUAGAAUUGGUCGACGGGAUGUUUCUCCUAGCGAAGCUGUACCUAGAGACUUUCAAGUUUAAGAUAACAGAGAGGGAUAUCGAUGAUGCACUUGCAGAACUCGGAAGCCUACAGAAUAGCGUGUCUGGUGGGAAAGAAGCAAUACUUUCCAAGGCAUACGAUCAAGUUAUUGAAAGGAUUCGACACCAGGGGUCUGAUCAUUUGAAUCUUGCGAAAAAGGUCCUCUUGUGGAUCACCUGGGCUGAAUCACCAUUGACUGCAAAUGAGCUUCGCUAUCUCUUAGCCGUGGAACCCGGUCAAUUGGAAGUCGAUGAGAGAAACUUCCCACAGAUUGAGGACAUGCUUUCUGUGUGUCUGGGGCUCGUUAUUGUUGACAACCAGGAGGGUGGAACACUCCGCCUCAUCCAUUAUACUGCACAAGAAUACUUUGAAUCCGAAAAGACAGAGCCUUUAAUUUCUGAAACGGAAGCAUAUAUUACGAAUGUUUGCAUCACAUACCUAUCUUUUGAAAACCCUCCUUGCAUGAUCUGCUUUCACAUGCAUGACCCCCGCCAAUGUUGCUCUAGGGAAUCUUACAAGUAUAACUAUGCUGCAAGAAAAUGGGUAUAUCAUGCACAACUCAUGGAGACGGACUACCGCUAA